AUGGCAUCAUCUUUAUCUCAUGUCUUUCUUGGUGUUAUUGAUGAAGUUAUCAAUAAACCAGAAAUGGGAAUACCAGAAAGAUUUCUUAGACCAAAUAAACAACCUUCCAUUCUAUUAGAUCAAACCAAUCCUUCACAAACAAUUCCCAUCUUUGACUUUCAAACUUUGUUAUCUGCUGAUAAUACUCAGCUUCAUAACUUGUUCUCAGCAUGCAAAGAUUGGGGAUUCUUUCAGGUGGUGAAUCACGGUGUUAGUUCUGAACUACUUGAGAAGCUGAAAAUAGAGAUUGAGAAUUUUUUCAAGCUUCCGGUUGAAGAGAAAACAAAAUACAAAAUACGACAAGGCGAUUUUCAAGGCUAUGGAGCUGUGAUUAGAAGUGAAGGUCAAAAGCUUGAUUGGGGUGAUAGAUUCUUCAUGAUAACAAAUCCUAUUCAAAGAAGAAAGCCACAUCUUUUUCCUCAACUACCUUCAUCGCUAAGGGAAACCUUGGAGACAUAUAUUUCGGAAUUGAAGAAACUUGGCAUGAAACUUUUUGAGUUAAUGGGAAAAGCCAUUAAAAUGGAUUUAAAAGAAAUAGAGAAUGUGUUUGAGGAUGGAAAUCAGUCGAUAAGGAUGACAUACUAUCCGCCGUGUCCGAAACCGGAGCUCGUCGACGGGAUCAUCCCUCACUCGGACGGCUCCGGUAUAACUAUCCUUAACCAGAUUAACGGAGUUGGAGGUCUAGAGAUCAAGAAAGACGGAGUUUGGAUUCCAGUGAAUUUUCAUACAGAUGCUUUUGUAGUUAAUAUUGGAGACAUUAUGGAGAUUUUAAGCAAUGGGGUGUACUCGAGCAUAGAGCACAGAGUUACUGUGAAUAAAGAAAAAGAUAGAUUUUCUAUAGCUAUGUUUUUCAACACCAAAUUUGAAGCAGAGAUUGGACCUGCAAAGAGUUUGAUAAGUUCAGAAAAUCCAGCUUUGUUCAAAAGCAUGUUGAUGGAAGAAUACUCCAAAUACUUUUUUUCACGAAAUUUAGAUGGGAAAACAAACUUGGAGAGAAUGAGGAUUUAA